UAAAGUUUAAAGAUGUUUUCUUUCCCCCCUUCUCCAGGGCUUCAGCUCCUCUCCAAGUUCAAGUGGGAAAGUGUCUGGAGUCAGCGGAAUCCCAUCCUGUGGAGAACGCUCGUUGCAAACCCGAAAGGAUUCCUCCCAGCAAACUUCCCUUCUGGUUUCUCUCUGUCCGGCGUCCAGGCUUCGGCUUGGAUAACCCAGCCGCAACCAUUGAGCCCAGCAGUUGGAGCGGCAGCGAAAGUCCUGCCGAGGACAUCGAAAGGAUGAGCGAUACGAAUGAGAAACCGAUGGACAAUGACGCCGAGGGCGUCUGGAGCCCGGAUAUAGAGCAGAGCUUUCAAGAAGCCUUAGCCAUCUACCCACCGUGUGGGAGGAGGAAAAUUAUAUUAUCCGAUGAGGGCAAAAUGUAUGGUAGGAAUGAAUUGAUAGCCAGAUACAUCAAGUUACGGACAGGCAAAACGCGGACCAGAAAACAGGUGUCUAGUCACAUUCAGGUUCUUGCCAGAAGGAAAUCUCGUGAUUUUCAUUCCAAGCUGAAGGUGACAAACAUGGAUCAAACCGCCAAGGACAAAGCAAUGCAACACAUGGCGGCCAUGUCCUCCGCUCAGAUUGUAUCCGCCACUGCCAUUCACAACAAGCUGGGCCUCCCAGGGAUUCCUCGCCCGGCCUUUUCUGCUGCAACCGGGUACUGGCCAGGAAUGCUCCCGACGGGUCAGGCCGGAUCCUCACAAGACAUCAAGCCAUUUGUCCAGCAAGCAUAUCCCAUCCAGCCCACCGUCACAGCACCAAUUACAGGUUUUGAAACUUCAGCACCGCCUGCCUCCACAGUCCCGGCGUGGCAAGGCCGGUCCAUAGGCACAGCCAAACUCCGAUUGGUAGAGUUCUCAGCGUUUCUAGAACAGCAGCGGGACCCAGACGCCUACAACAAACACCUCUUUGUGCACAUCGGACAAGCCAACCACUCGUACAGCGACCCCCUGCUCGAGGCCGUAGACAUCCGCCAAAUUUACGACAAGUUCCCCGAGAAGAAAGGGGGCCUGAAGGAGCUGUUUGGGAAGGGGCCCCAGAAUGCCUUCUUCUUAGUGAAGUUUUGGGCCGACCUGAACUGUAAUAUCCACGACGAUGCCGGGGCAUUCUACGGGGUAACGAGUCAGUACGAGAGCUCGGAGAACAUGACCAUCACCUGCUCAACUAAAGUCUGUUCGUUUGGGAAACAAGUGGUAGAGAAAGUGGAGACAGAAUAUGCAAGGUUUGAAAAUGGCCGAUUCGUGUAUAGGAUAAACCGCUCUCCCAUGUGUGAAUAUAUGAUCAAUUUUAUUCACAAGCUGAAGCACUUACCGGAGAAGUACAUGAUGAACAGCGUGCUGGAAAACUUUACUAUUUUGUUGGUGGUAACAAACAGGGAUACACAAGACACACUACUGUGCAUGGCGUGCGUAUUUGAAGUGUCAAACAGCGAACACGGAUAUUUCUUUUAA